AUGGACCAAGGCAAUAUGAACAAGUUCUUCAAUUCGUCGUCUUUUUUUACUCAGACGCCUCAGAAGGACAAACAAGGGCAGUAUGGAUCUACACAACAACCUUCGAUGUUUGGACAGCCUCAGUCUGGAUACGGGGGUAUGCAAAACCCGUUCACACAAGGAUCCUCAAGUGGAGUGAAGAGUGGAGUGUUUGGAAGUUCUGGGCCAACGUCUUUUGGAACUGGAACGCCGUUUGGAGGAGCAGGGGCUGCGCCUAGCACAAACACGGGAAUGUUUGGACAAUCUUUUGGGGGCCAGCAACCAUUAAGCAUGCCGCCAUCGGUUUCAUCGCAACCUCAGUCUUCUAUGUCAAGCAUGCCGCGAUUUGGAUCAUCGAAUGCGUUUGGAGGAGCAAGCAAUAUUUUUGGAUCUACUACAAGCAAUCCAAAUACAAUAGUACCAACCUCGUCUUCAUUUGGCACGCCUAGUACUACGGCAAGUUCAUUUGCACCGCAGCAAAGCGGAAUAUUUGGCCAGAGUUCACAGACACAAGCGCCAGCAUUUUCAAUGGGAAUGCAAUCCAUGGCACAACCUCAACAGACUAGUCCUUGGGGACAGUCUAGCACAGCUUCAAAUCCGUUUGGAACAAACCAAAGUCUUUUUUCGAAUGACAAAGGCACGAGUAUGAGUAUGCCUGGAUAUGGCACAAGCACUGGAACAAGAGAUCAUACAUAUAUGCAGAGAAAGAUACGCGAAGAUAAUGGCGGAGACGUGUCUCUUAUUCAUAUAAAUGGAAAUGAGCAUUACAUGCAUAAAUCUGUUGAAGAGCUAAGAUCUGAAGAUUAUUCGUUGGGCAGAAAGCCAACUGUUGGAGGAGCAUUGACUGAACCUCGUGGAUAUUCUGGAUAUGGAGGCAUGUAUGGAACAGCAAAUAACACUGUAUCAGACAAUCGAGGACAAAUGCCAAGUACUCUUGGGACUGGAGCAACAGGAUCUGGAUUCCAGCCAUUUAUUUCAACACAAAGCACACCGACGCAGAGUAUGCCUGUAUCAGGUACAUCUGUUUUAGGCCAGCAGACAUCAACAUUUGGGUUGGGAAGUUCUGUAUCACAACCUGCAUUUGCUUCUCAGCCAUCGAGUACAGGAUUUUCAUUAUCGCAACAACCAUUACAGACAACAACAUCAACAAAUGAACCUGAAAAUCCUUUCUUGCAAUCCAGAACACAGUCUCAACCAGUAUUUGGAAUUACAGCAUCGAAUAUGCAGACAUCAACUGUGAAUCCAAGCAUGAAUACAUUUGCAUUUACACCAAUGCAACAAACACAGCCGAUGCCUGCACAGCAAAUGUUUGGAACAAUGAACCAAGGCACUCAACCUCAAGUUCAACAAGGAUAUGAGUCUCAAGGGUAUGUGCAACAACAAAAGGCAGACUUUUCUGAUCCGUUCUUGGUGAAAAACAUCAAGUUUGAAAAGGCCGAGAAGGAGCACAUACCACUGAACAAAGUUUUUCCACAGCCGGUGUUUAAGGAGGAUAAAAAGACAUCCCGGAUUUCACUGAGUUUCAGGCCACCCAAGCAGCUAUCAAGGGAGAAUGUGUAUACGAUUCCAUCGAUUGAUGACAUUAAGCACAUGAAGGAAGUACACAAUCUGAUUAUAGGCUUUGAAGACAAAGGUAGAAUUGAGUAUCUUGACACGGUUAAUGCAUCUGAGGUAACGAUGGCAAACAUUCAGUCUAAGGUUUAUUUCUCAAAAGACAGUGUUGUAGUGAAUGAUCCUGUUGGGGUGGGACUGAAUAGAAGAGCAAGGGUGUAUGUUGAAGGAGUGUUUCCAUAUAGCAGGAGUCUUGGAGAUUACAUCCGAGGAGAGCAGAAGCAGUUUCCGUUGAAGGGGAUACAAGAAAGGUUUGUGUAUGGGCUGAAGAGCGAUGCGGUGAGGAAGUUUGUUGGAUACGAGUAUGAAAGAGGAACGUAUGUGUAUGACGUGAACCACUUCUAA